GUGAAUUAAUGACGCAUCGAGUAUAUUUCGCAAUUUCCUUUAUUUUCGGGUUGUACACACAAUUUUUUGGUGCUGCGAUGAUUCAUCAUUAUUAGGUAUCAUCAUAGAUCAAGAAAAUAUGUGAAGAGCAUUUGUUGGCAACAUAAUUAUAUGAGAAGUCCCUUCUACCAACAACAAGUUACCAUCAAACUACCUGUAGGAAAUCAGUCUCGACAAAUUCCCCUGCCUUCCCUGCCUUCCCUGCCUUCCCUGCCCUUCCCUUGCCUUCCCCUGUCCCUUCAGAUUUGAAAAAUCCAAUUCGCAAUACAGAUUGGUGUUUAAACUUUCUCUCAAUCAUCCUUAUUACACCUUCUUUAUGAACUUACGAAUCUAGAGAGACUUGUUGUACCAGGAAUAUUGACAAACAUUUCAAAAAUCAGCUAGGCCUGAUAAAAACAAGACCCAAGAUAUUAACGCAAAAAAAGAAACACAUUCAGGAGGUUGCCAAUUUCUUUACGAAGCGUGAUCCAUCUGCUAUACUGACCGUCGUAUAAUGCACUCAAGUCUUUCACGAGGCCACACAUCUGGGAUAACUGUCGUUCUCUCAGGAAGAGGCUUCUUAAGCAGUUACCCGGAGACUAGGAGGCGGGAUCCAAACGGUAGCCCACCGGCUAAAAACGGUUAUGAUGGGGGUCUCCUAAAUGCCCCAGUCAAGCUACAGCUUGUUAAUCACAAGCAUGGGGGCUACUCCAUCCGUGUAGUGCACAAUGAUGAUAGACCACGAUCUCAACCUAUCAUCAGCGAAAAUUUAGAUGACAUAUCUGUUCUGAAUCACACAGCGCAGGAGUUUGAGUUCCUCUUGAACAGAGACGGCAGUCGCCAUUUGAUGCUUUUCAGCAGCUUGGACGAGGGACAGCAAUUCCAAUUGAUAUUCGGUGCCGUCAAUGUCCAAGGACGAAUCGGGAUGUCAAGUAAACGAGGAGUAGCUCCAAUGGCAGCCAGGUUUCCAGGCCAACAGGGAUCCAAUGAUGUAGGAGGAGGAGGAGGAGGAGCAACGAUCAAGAAGAAAGGAUCCAAGAUGGAGAACGACAGGGUUCCUACGUCAACACCUAUGGGCAAUGGAGGAGACGACAUUGAUAUCCAAACAAUGGUAGAACUUUUAAAGUCAUCAAUACAGGCUGGUGAUGUGAAGAACGCUGAGAUCUGGGCUGGGAACCUCGCUAAUCACCAACCAAAGCUCAGUAUCUUGGUUGAAACAGCUGGUACUACCGUUUCUUCAAGCAGUGAAAUAUCGAUCCAUGUUCAAGUUGAAGACAAAGAUUCAUCGAAAUUAAAAUUAAGAAUGUCAGUGCCAUCGAAUAUAACGAUAGCUGGUCUGAAGAAAAUGACUUGUCUCACAUACGCUCUUCCAACGCCAGUCCAGAAUUGGCUUAUUGGGGGCCGCAUCGCUAAAGACACCGAGACACUAGCAACCAAUGGAAUCUCGUCUUCUGGUGCAACCCUUUACCUAUAUUUGACCUCGGCUUUAAAGGUCAACACUACAAAGCAUGCGCUAGAGAUUGAGAAGCAUGCUAUUUCUGAGGAGCGAAAACAUCCAAGACAUACCGUAGAACCCCAAACCCUACAAAGGACCUCCAACAACUUCACAGAAGGUCGCGGUACCUUGCGGACCUCACAUAGCAGAGUUACAUCUCCCCCACUGCAUGAAGUAGACUCGAUACAAAGACUUGCACCAUCGACAAGCAGUUCCUCGGAUAGGUGGUCUUCAGGUCCAAGGUCUCCACAGGUUGAAAGAGUGCCUGAGGUGAAGAAGAAACCAACGGCAAUGGAGGUUGGAUGGGUGUGUACAGCCUGCACCCUGGUCAACCCCCCUCUCAUACCGGGAUGCCAGGCUUGCACCACUGCAAGACCCGAAGCAUACUCGGUUCCUACAGAGGGCUCCUACUCAAUAGACCCGUCGGAGAGGGCCUUUCAGAAAGAAUCGGAAGAGAAGGAGCAGGCUUUUUUAGAGAAGGAGAGGGAGCUGGUGAUUCAGAACUAUCAGGAUCUCUUAAGGAUUGACGAUCAAGACCUGGUCCUGAAUCGAGAACCCUUUGACUGUCCUGUAUGCCUUGUGGACUAUGAAUCUGGAGAUGGGGUAGUGCUAAGGGAAUGCCUUCACAUAUUCUGCAGGGAAUGUGUAAGCCAGCAUGUGAUGCAGUCAACAGAUGCCUUGGUCAAGUGCCCCGGGAUGGAAGAUGGCGUCCCCUGCACACAGCACGUCCUUGAAAGGGAGAUCAAAACACUCUUGAGUGAAGAAAACUUUCAGAAGUACCUGGAACGCGGUCUUCGUCGGGCGGAGUCCAGCGCGGCCAACAGCUUCCACUGCAAGACAACAGACUGCAGGGGAUUCUGCUUCUACGAAGACAACAACAACUUCUUCAACUGCCCUCUGUGCAAACGAAUAAACUGUUUGACAUGUAAAGCCAUUCAUGAAGGCAUAGACUGUAAGCAAUACCAGGAGGAUCUCAAAACAAGGGCGCAGAAUGAUGUGUCGGCGAGGCAGACGCAAGAAACCCUGGAGGAAUUGGUGAGAAGCGGAGAGGCUAUGAAGUGCCCUAAUUGUAGUAUCAUUGUGCAGAAGAAAGGAGGUUGUGAUUGGAUAAAAUGUUCGGUCUGCCAAAUGGAGAUCUGCUGGGUAACGAAGCAAGCUCGAUGGGGAAAAGGGGGUACUGGAGAUAUAACAGGGGGAUGUCGUUGCCGUGUCAGCGGGCAGCCAUGUCAUCCUAACUGUCAUAAUUGUCAUUGAUACUGUAUUAACAUUCAAGAAAGCGGAUUGAGGGACAUUCCUGUACAAUUGAAAUCACCCUAAAUAUUGAUAUGUACAUUAUCUGAAAUUUUUAUUUUUUUUAACUGCUAGACGUUAGCUAUAAUCUUAAGAUGGUGUUGAAUCAUGCACAUUUUUAGAUGGACCCAUGUUACAGUCUCCUCAAGACAAAAGCCUUUGUGUUAGUAAUUGCCAUAUGCCCUCACAGUGACCAUAUGGUAGGAAUACUCCACAGGGAGUGGAGAUGUUGCAUAUUCUGCUUGAAAGAAUCUGCUGGCUUGGGUAAUGAUAUCUGUAAAGCGCUUAGAGACAGUAUUUUGUAUUAAGCACUAUAUAAAUCCAGAUUAUUAUUAUUAUUGUUAUAUUGAAUAAUGUGAAUUCAUAUAGGCCAAAUCACUAUCUUCAACAAUAGAUAGGUGAUAGAUAGGUGAGAGCUAGACUUGAUCGCUUUUAAAGCUUUGAAUUGAAUUGAACAUCCAAAUAGACACUUGUUCAAUUUUUUGUUUGGUAUCCAUUUCCGAUAUAUUUUCACGUAAGUCAACUGCUAUUCUGUCUUAUCUGGUCAAUUAAACAUUUCCUAAGCCAGCACAAUCAUGCAUAGAUGCAAACUGUAUUAUGAUGGGGCUCUGACAUAUGCUCAGACAACAGCUUCUCUUGGUUAGAUUUCAUCAUAGAUAUAGGGGUAGGCCGGUCUGCAAUUGGGUUGUAGGUUAGAUAUAGGGUUAGGUUUUGGGUGAGGUAGAGUGUUUGGUUUAGGGUUUAAGUUAAGAAUUUAGUUACAUUAAGGUUUGUUUGGCAAAAUCGCUUCUUUUAUGAUGACGUGAAGUGUAAUACGCUUUACACUUUUCUGAAUCUUGUAACGCAGAGCUCAGUGAAUACAUGCGAGUCCUUUUUGUGCGCAGUUGCAAUUCAUUUUACGCAUUUAAAAAAAACAUGGUGGAAGUGUUUGGGUAGGAGCAUCCAUGAAUGUUGUUCUUUUAUAAUAAAAAUAAUAAAUAAUAUGGUUAUUUAUAUAGCGCCAGUAUCCAUCAGGUUCUGACGCUCAUGGCGCUUUACACAUAUUACCCUGGUCGUAGCCGAGCUGCAAUAUAGCGCUCAAGCAUAUCAAGUACCCAUUUAUGCCAAGAUUAUGAAAAUUAAUAGUAAAGAUAUAAUGAUGAUCGCACCUUUCAUUCAUUUGUUAAUGUACAAGUAUAUUUACACACACUCAAGAAAGAUGAUUACUGACAGGUCUUUUCAGGGCUCCCCAAUC